AUGCAUUUGGCAGGUUACGCAAUCUUGGCUGCAGCAGCUCCUUGGAUAUUUCAGCCUAUUGGGCAUUUAGUCUUACCAUUGCUUUGCAGUUGUGAUGUUGUUCUUUUAAUAGUCACAGGCAUUUUUCAGCAAUACCAUGUUUAUCAAGUCCAGAAGAUACGUUUACAAGGUUACUAUAGUUUCAGUCAGAAGUUGAAGCAUAUUGUUCGUCUACCGUUCGCCAUUACUGCUUAUGGAACUGCUGGAAUGAUACUUGUCAUGGUCUGGGAACCCUAUAUUCGUAUCCUUUCUACCUCUACUAUACUCAGGAUUAUUAUGUUGGUUGAAGCAGUAUGUUCUGGGUUCUUUAUGAGUGUGUAUAUCGGUUACGUAUAUCAGUACAAUUCAUUGGAUUCUCAGCCUGAUGUUUUGAAGUCAUUAUAUUCUCCCCUUCAAGCAUCAAGUCCUUUGGAAGAUUUGAGGUAUCAUGACGGUGGUCGACUCUCUGAUCAGCAAAUGGCUUUACUGCAGUAUCAGCGUGAAAACCUUCAUUUUCUAAGUGAGGAGAUUCUUCGAUUGCAAGAGUGCUUGAGCAAAUCUGAAGGAUCUAAUGAUGGAAGCACACCUCAGGUCGAUCUUGCCCAUCUAUUAGCAGCUCGUGAUCAAGAAUUACGAACAGUUUCAGCUGAGAUGAAUCAGCUGCAGUCCGAACUAAGACUUGCUCGAUCUUUAAUAGCCGACACAGAAGCAGAGGUCCAAUGCGUUCGAACAACUAACAGUCAGUAUGUCGAAGAGAAUGAAAGACUGAGAGCUAUUCUAGGAGAAUGGAGCACUCGAGCAGCAAAGCUCGAGCGAGCAUUGGAAGUUGAGCGGAUGUCGAACCUCGAAUUACAAAAGAAGAUUUCAACAUUUAGAAACCAAACAUAUGCGUCUUCAACUGAAUCAAGCGAGCAGCGUGGAGCCUAAAUUGACUCCUUCCACACCAAUAUGUAUAGACAAAUCCCAACACUUUUGGAGUGGAAUUAGUUUUUUUUUUUUCUCUUUUUCUUUUUUGUUCUAUGCUUAAAUGAAGAAUUGAAGACGUUUUUAGAAUAAGACCAAUCUUAUAUCAGUAAAUUACACCAUUAAUCAUUAAA